CGGGCGGGCGGCGCGGCGCGGCGAGGAGAGCGGAGCCGGGCGGCGCCUGCCCGCGCCGCGCAGCCCCGCAAGGUGACAACCACCAACCACAAUGAGUUUUGUUGAAUAUGGAGAUACAAUAAAAGAUGGUGACACAGCUAUUGUGUUCUUGGGCCAUGAAUCCAUGUUUCCUGUGAAAGUCCAACAUGGCACUGUAACUCAGACUAAGUACGGGGUCAUUAGGCAUUCCACAGAUCUCAUAGGCAAGAAGUAUGGCUCCAAAGUGACCUGCAGUAAAGGAGGAUGGGUGUUUAUUCUUCAUCCAACACCAGAACUGUGGACCAUGAAUCUUCCACACAGGACACAAAUUCUGUAUUCCACUGACAUCUCUAUAAUCACCAUGAUGUUAGAGCUGAAGCCAGGCUCCAUAGUAUGCGAAUCAGGUACAGGCAGCGGAUCCCUGUCCCACGCUCUCAUCAGGACAGUGGCUCCCACGGGGCACCUGUACACAGUGGAGUUUCACCAACAGAGGGCCGAGAAGGCCAGGGAGGAGUUCCGGGAGCAUGGUGUGGAGCAUCUGGUCACCGUGACCAACCAGGACGUCUGUAAAAACGGGUUUGGAGUCUCAAACAUUGCAGAUGCUGUGUUCCUAGAUAUUCCAUCUCCAUGGGAAGCCAUAAGACAUGCAAAGUCAGCAUUAAAAGCUGAAGGUGGCCGCAUCUGCUCUUUCUCCCCCUGCAUUGAACAAGUCCAAAGAACCUGCCUAACAAUGGAAGAACAUGGUUUUACAGAGAUUAACACUUUGGAAAUUCUGCUGCGAGUGUACAAUGUAAGGACAAUUAGCUUGCAAAUCCCUGACCUUGGAAAAGCAUCUGAGGAUAAUUCUAGCAUUGGCUUUGACAGCAGCAACCCAUCAAAUCAAGGUAGCCCGUGCACUAAUCUGCAGCAAGGAACUGUGCAGUUCAAAAGUGGUGUGCCACUCAGGGAGAUGGUUGGUCACACUGGGUACCUGACCUUUGCCACCAAGAGCCUGUUUUAGUACAUGUUGAGUUUGUGGAGCUUGGAGUCUUUUGUGUGUUCUUCUGUGUUUUCUAUUUUCAUGGUUCUUUCCUGUAGGGCAUCCAAAUUUUUACUUGUCAGGGAAUUCCAUAUAUAGUCAGAUUUGGUUGGAAUAUGCUUUGUUUAAAUAGCACACAAGCAUUAAGCAAAGCAGCAUCAAGGGAAUGUUGACGUUCUGGAAUGGUGCUCCACUUGCCGUCAGAAGGAAGAUAAAUUAAUAGCUCAUGGCCAUUCACUGGAAUGCGCAGAAGAAAGGUCCCUCACAAUAAGAAAACAAAACAAAUAGUACACUAAUUGUGAGUAAGUUUGGGGGGAGGGUCCUCCUUUUUCAAUUACUUUCCCAGUUUGGUGUUUUUAUUUUUCCCCAGUAUCACUAGACACCUUUUAAAAAUAUUUUUUUAACUUUUAUAGUGUCUGUUUUGUUCUUAGCAAUGUGAAAGUGCCUACUUGCUUCAUUUUAGAUAUGAAAGUUGUGAGGUCCUGUGGUUGCCAGCAUGACUGAUCACAGAAUUAGUAUUUCCUUGGGAUAGUGUUUGGCUGCACAGAGGAUUAUUGGCAGUGUUCAGGAACACAACCUCUUACUCCAUUCCAGGCUGACAUCUGCAAAUCAUUUAGAUUACACAGAGGUCAAACAAGUGUGCUAAUUGCUGGAUUUGGUUUAAAGUAGUGUGUUAUGAUUGUCAAUCUAUAGUAGAAAUUUGGACCUGAAUUCGUAGUUUAAUCUUCUAAUUGAUCAUCCACUUUCAUUCUUGAUGACCAGUUCACCAAAUGGCUGGUUAAUGUUAUCUGAAUGCCUCCUUGUAAGCAUUUGGGUUUUUUUUUGUAUGUUACGGUGUAUGGUCUUCCUGCAGUUGAAUUGCAAAAAGAUUGCUUUUGGCAGGAUUUCUCUCUCCAGUUUGCAGCAAUAAUGCAAUGUUAGAAAAAUCAUCAACCAACUUACUUAUUAAAUUUUUUAGACCAUUUACUGUUUGGUCUUCCAUAUAAAGCUGGUCAGUAUGAUGGAUUAUUUGAAUGCUGGAUUCAAAUUUGUAUUAACAAAUUAAAAUUAUUAUG